AUGUCACAAUCCAACGUCGGAAACUCCCAGGUCUACGAGGCAGGCGACCAGCGCGUCCCGCCCGACUCGGAGAAGAACAAAGCCGAUCCUUACCAUGAGGGCCAGAAACAUUCUCAUCUGGCGAACGAUUCAAAGGACCAACGCAGCAUCGCCAACCGUCUAGCAGCCUCGGGUCCACAGAACGACACCUCCUCCUCCGGCCAGGGCGAGAAGAAAGCCAACGAAAUCGACCCCACGUUGCCGGCCCGUCAGCAUGGCAAUGAGCCGUCUCGGGGCGCGAAGAUCGAUAAGGAACUGCAGGAUGAAGAGGCGGCGAUUCUGGCCAAGAAAGACGCUGCUAAGGGAGGGUCGGGGAAGGGCGGCACAGGCGAUGUUGCUGGGAAGAAGAACUGA